UGAAAUUCGUUCUAUGUCAUGUGUUUUUGUCGUAGGAAAAUAUGUCUCCCAUUAAGAAGAAAGUGGUGAUCGUCGGUGAUGGUGAGAGCGGUAAGACAUGCCUCUUGCGAGUGUUUUUGGAGGAUAUUUUUCCAGAUGUAUACGUGCCAACGGUGUUUGACUUCUAUACAACCGAGAUCGAAGUUGAUGGGAAAAAGGUAGCGCUCGAACUGUGUGACACUGCUGGCCAAGAGGAUUACGACAGGCUGCGACCACUGUCAUACAGGACCGCGAAUGUAGUGAUCAUAUGCUAUUCUAUCGAUACUCCCAAAUCAUUGAUCAACGUGAUUGAUAAAUGGGUGCCAGAAGUGCGGUUUUUUUGCAAGGAAGUUCCGGUGAUAUUGGUUGGAAAUAAGAAGGACCUCCGCGAUAACCAUCUGCUGCAGGAUAUUGAUCUACCGAAGUCUGGCCAGGACAAAUGCAACUCCACCGAAGUCCCUGUUGGACAAACUAUUACUGAAAACGACAAGGUGACAUGUAUUGAUCUGCAGGGUAAGAUCGAUUGGUGCAGGUUUUUGACACACGAGAAAUCCACACUGGAAUCUGACAGGAAACCACAUAAAACGGUCGAAGGGCUGCCUGCAGUACAGGCGAAAUCGGAUGGCUACAGUGACUUGAUAGUAGCAAUAAGACGAGAAGAAUUCGACGUAUCGGAAAUUGGUCAAAAAAAUACAAACAGAUUAGAACCAGAAACAUCUAUACCCACCGCAGAAAACCACAAUGUGGAUACACCGAGAAAAACUACCAUUCGGAUACCAGAAUAUAAUGUCAUGAUUACCAAAGAGAUUGGCCAAUCAGUGGCGGAAGAUAUAAAAGCUUUCGCGUUUUUAGAAUGUUCUUCGAAGACCAAGGAAGGAGUCCGUGAUGUUUUCGUUGCCACAGUGAAGGCAACGAAACGGACUUCCAAACAUAGUACGCAGUGCAUUUUACUUUAAACACAAAAUAAAUAAUAUAUUUUUUAAUUUAUACGUUGGUGCCUAUAUUAUAUAGGUACGUAU